UCACUAUCUGUUAAAGUUUAUCCAAGCUUCCACUCCGACAGACUUUUUCAUGUUGACCUGCUUAUCUUUCCCGCUAAACAAGAAACACUGGUCUGCUAUUGAAAUAUAUUUUCAAGUCUUGACGAGUAUAAUUUGGUUUCUCAUAUGGUAAGAGGGAAGAUUCGUCUGUGAAUCGCUCAGAGGCUAGCAAUGCUGCAGUCAAGAGGAAAGCAAUGAGAACCCGGUCAAGUUCACCUCCAAUUCAUGUGCAUGUGAAUGAUGUAACGCCAGUCCAUGUGCAUGUGAAGAGCCAUAGGACGAGUCCUGCGAGAACACCUCAGGGUGUGGACAGAGGAAACCUCCGUCCUACAGCCAAGGUCAAAACACGAGUGCCAUGGGUUCCACCAGGAAAGACCUCCAUACAGGAUGCUUCAUACAAGUGGGAGGGGCCAAUGCACCGCCUUGAGAUCACACCACCACUCCCUGAACCAAAACCUGAACAUUCCCACUCUGCAUUACGUUUGGCUGACCUCACAUCAGAAGAAGGGCUACAUGGACGAAUCAGCCAGUAUGAGAGGAAGAUUGACAGCUUACUGACUGAAGUCAGCUCUCUUAAGAAUGAGGUGGAACUGCGCAAAAGGGAGAAGAUGCUGGAGCAUCAGUCAGAGCAGCUGAACGUCUCCCAGCGGGUGAUUGCAGAGCAGGAGGAGGAGCUAGCUGAGGUGACUAAAGAGCUGGAGGAGACUGAGCGGGAGAAUAUACGACUACGCCAGUCCAUGGAGGAGAUGCUAGAGGAGACCAACUACAACAGACUAGACAGGGACAAUACUAAACAAGACAAAGAUGCUCUGCUCAGGAAACUGAUGCAGGCUGAGGUGGAUGGAGCAGCUGCUGCCAAGCAAGUCUCAGCCCUGCGGGACUCUGUUUCCAAACUGUGUGGUGCUAGUGCCAGUAGGCUGUCUGGCUCUGAGUCUUCAGUCUUGGCCCGUCAGAAGGGGCUGUUGCUGCAGAAAUUGGAGACAUUUGAGGCCACAAACCGAACACUGCGGCACCUUCUUAGAGAGCAGCAUGGAUCCCAGAUGGAGUCAAUCCGUGUGUCAGAGCAGAAAGAUGCAUUACUCAAGAGACUGGCAGACACAGAGGCAGAAAAUGCUCAUCUUGUGGUGAAACUUCAAGAGAAAGAUGAAGAGUUGAAUCAACUCUCCAAACUUUUAGAUACUGAGAAGGACAAUGCCAAGAGCACAGCUGAUUUAUCCAAGAAUCUGGAGUCAACAAGAGCUCAUUUACAAGGACAGCUCCGCGGUAAAGAAGCUGAGAACAACCGGCUUUCAGUGCAGAUAAAGAACCUAGAGCGUGCAGCCAACCAGCAGAAGGCAGAGAUGGACCAUCUGAUGGAGCAGUUGACAAGGCUGAGGCAACAGGCCAGUGCAGACCGAGAGGCUCUGAAACAAGCCAUACAAACCCAGAAACGGCGAGCUGAGCACAGUGAGGACACUGCAAGCCAGCUGAGUGUCCAGCUGCUGGAAAUGGAGAAGCAAGUGGCAGACGCACUGUCAGCAGCCGAGACCUGGCAAAGUCACCAUGCCAAAGAGGUGAAAGACAAAAGUAAACUGGAGAUGGAACUGUCGCUGUUGAAUAGCCGUGUAGCAGAGUUGACUGAGCAGCUGCAGAGUACAGAAGAUAAAGGCAGACUGGAGAGAGAAGCCCUGCUGGAUCGCCUACAUGGAAUGACCACAGAUAACACCGCUGCCAAACUGGAGAACCAGUCCCUCAAGGCUACAGUGUCUGCAGUGGAGGAGAAGCUGGCCUUGUCUCAGUCAGAGCAUCAGCAAGUCAAAGCUUCCAUCAAACAAUAUGAAAGUCUGCUGGACAGCUAUAAGAUCCAGGUGGGAAAAACACGAGCAGAGGCAGAUGAGUACGGUGCUCGGCUGGCGCAGGCAGAGCGGGAGGCCCAGGCUGUGCGGGAAGAGCUGCAGCGGGAGAUAGAGGAGGUGCGCAAGGAGCUGCUGGGACGGCUAGCAGAGCUGGAGCCUCUUCCUGAGGCCUUACGACACUCCGAGCUCCAGCUGCAGGAGGCUCAGGAUAGGGAGCGCUGCCAGGAGAGACGCAGUGUGGAGCUCAGCACAACCCUGACUGAUCUCCACAUUAAGGUGGAAACCCAGGGCAGGCAAAUGGAGCUUUUUAGACAAAAGAACAAGGUGCUCCUGGAAGAGAACAGACAGCUUCAGCAGCGAGUGGAGAGUUUGGAAAGAAAGUUGGAGGAGGCUGACAGUCAGAACAGAGACCUGCUGGUGGUCAUUGCCAAACGAGAAGACACCAUCCACAGCAAUCAGCUCCGUAUGGAAGAAAAAACAAAGGAAUGUUCCUUUCUGAGCCAAAAGCUGGAGGAGGCUCUGGAUGAUGCGCGUCAACAGAUGUUGGAGACCAGAGAAUGUGCUGCCACCAAAGAACACUCCACCCAGACCAAGAUAUUGGACUUGGAGGCCCAACUCAGCAGGACUACCUCAGAAAUCAACCAGCUGCGACGCACCAAAGAUGAGGUGGAGCGACGAUAUCAGAGCAGACUGCAGGACGUGAAGGAUCGGCUAGAGCAGUCAGACAGCACUAACCGAAGCCUGCAGAACUACGUCCAAUUCCUUAAAGCGUCCUACACCAAUGUAUUUGGAGAUUUGGCCCUCGGCAGCUCUCUGCGGCCCCCGUCACCCAUCUGAUAGCCCAUUCACCAGAGGUGUAUUAUGCACAUUCUAAAACAGUACUGUGGCUGUGGCUUGUUACUUUUAGAUUUGCUAGCAAGAGCUAGGAUGACAAUGUCAAUUAGUUGCUUGGUUGCUUGUUUCAUACAACUAUUUGGGUGAAGAGCAACAGUAUAUGUGGGCUUACUUCUGUAAAUAUUUAUUUGGAAUUGAUUUGGUAGGCAGUAAAAUAUGUAUGUAAAAAGCAGUGCAAACAGCAGUACCCAUAAUGUGGAUGUUGGAUUUGAGCCAGAGACACUGAGAAUCAGAAUAAGAAUCAGAAUAGCUUGAGAGAGAUAUGAGUUGAGAAUAUUACAGAGGAGAUGAGGAGCAUUCAAUCAAGCAUUAGGCAAAUUAUGCCACUGACAUGGUAGAUGGUGGGGUGAUAAAGGAUGUGCUAUGCAAAUUCUGAAAGUUUAGUGAACAAUGUACACCCAGCAGCAUCUCAUUUCAAAUUUUAACCCUGAAAUAAAUGUACAUCCAAAAUUCCUAUCUGACAUUUUGCAAUGCAAAAAUGAGAUGAGAUACACACUAAACAAAAGCUGUUCAGGUUCUAAGAGAAAGCAGUGUUUCGUCUUAAAGACAUUUUGAGGUCACUGGUUUUCCUGGUUUUCCAAUAUUUUCUAUGAUUUUAUUAGAAUUUCUUGUUUGAUCUUCAAGACCAAACAUCCAACACCAGAUAUCCUCAUGUGUAUUUUCAGUUUUGUUUUUGUUGUUUAGUUUUGAUGGUGCCUUGUAGCUUUUCAGACUGAAUGUUGUCUUCAGAAAUGUAUUAUUGAAUAUUUAAGUAAUGUUUGUAUUUCACAUGCCAAAACCAAUGGAAAUUGCAAAUUUUCUUUGUCGAGCCUUACCUAGUCAUGACGAGAGGUCAUAUAUCUAUUUAUUACCAGAAUGAAAAGAGUAUUACUGUGUGCUUGUACUAGUAUAUACUAAAACAAUUUUUCACAUUUAACUUUAUAGCCAGGCCAGCCAGGACACAUUAUGUGUUUAAAUGUGUCUAUGCUUUUUGAUUGUACAGAGCUAAAAACAUUGGUGCUAUGCUGUCCUGUGGUUGGUACAAGACAGUAUGUGUCAAAACAAUGAUUUGGGGUUUACAUUCUCACAUAAACUGUUGAUAGAAUCAACUGUUAUUAAUAAACUAUUCACCUUUUUUUCUUAACUGCUUCUUGGCAGAAUAAUGAACUGAUUACCUAACUAAGUCAUUUAUAUCUAGUGUGGAUAACUAAAAAGCAGCAAUAAAACAUCUGAAUUGAAAAGUAA